CGCAUCUGUUAUGCGGGUUUUUUUCGUCUAAACUGCAAACUAAAGUAAAGUAACUUCUUCCAUGAACCAACCCCGAUAUACUACGCACAUACAAAGUUAUACCACAUACAAAUAAACAAACACGGCUGACAUGUUGACAUGUUAAAGAGCAUGUAUGUACAUAUGUAAGUGAAGUGUGCAAGAAGCUCGAAUAAACGAGUAAGAUGGUCGAGGAAGAAGAGUCUACUUUAGAUGAAGUCUAUUUUCUUUGCCUUCCAUAUAUAGCAUGAUUAAUGGUUUACUUUCAGCUAGUUGGUAAAAUAGUUUGAAGUUUUAUAUUUUUUUCAAGCUUGUUGAACUAGUUGAGGUGUCAGUUAUUUUUACUAUAUGGGCUUUAAUGUUGGUGUCUUAUGUUGGUGUAGUUGAAAUGUAUCAAAUUAUAUGUAUAGAUAGUUAUACCUACAUACAUAUAUUGACAACCUCACGGACUCAAAUAGUUGUCUUCGAGCUGCCGACACAAUAUAAGUGUUUAAAACUUGACAACGAGCUGUGUAUUUAUUGACAAAAGUGUCAGGGUAAAGCGGUUUGGUGGGGAUGAAAUUCAUCUAUGCAAUUUUUACAGCUCGUUUACGUACAUUUGUAUAACCAAGAGUCACACUUUUUUUUUUUGUUAUUUAAUCGCUACCGCGAAAUUGGAGUGAGUCUGCAUUGACCAGGUACUUCAGUUUAUGUUGGGGAAAUAUUAGAAAAAAAAGGUCAUUUCAAUUUUUAACUCAAAAAGAGUUGUUUGCCGAACGAACACCAAAAAUAUUAUGCUGCACAACUUUUCAUGAUACAUAAUGUAUGUACAUGCUUUUGCAAAACGGGGCUGACAAUUUUUUCAAAAAGUUUUUAUGAUUCAGUCAAUUUGAUUCGACCUUUAUCGGAAUCCCUUGUUACAAAUUUAAGUCGUGGUGGCUUACUAUUGUUCUUUAAAUAAAUGAAGUGUUUGUGAAACUAUGUCGAGUGAUCCGGGCCGUGCUAAAGGAUGGGGGUGUGUUCUUCAAUCAAUCAUAUUAGAUAGGACAAGUCAUGUAAUGUAUUGGAAAUGUUCAUGGAGAUUCAAAUGGGAAUAUGCAUUUAGUAACGGACUCAAAAAUCACGUUUACCAUUUAAAUUAUGGGCGGUCUCUAUACUUAUACCGCACACACUCUCUUAAACAUACAGUUUAGAGCAACUUAAACUUACAUAUGUUUAAUCACAAAGUAAGUCAAAAGUUAAUUGACGAUAUGUGACUCCACCUGGGGCUCUACUCAAAGUGCACUGUACUUCUUCGCAGAAGUUUACGCAGAGGCCUCGCGAGGCUCGGAAAGUUCUUAAUGCGUUUAUCUAGUGACUUUGGUGCAAAAGUCCUUAUUAUCAUUAUCGGGCCUCUAUUGCACUUUCCUAAAGCAAUUACAAGUUUGCCGAAACUAGUUGCUUGAAAACUACGUACGUAUGUUUUCCUGAUGUUUUAUAAAAUACCUAUCGGAGGUGGAACACACAUUCUUCAUAAUUCGACCUUUGAAAAAUAAGGGACUUCUAUCGAAUGCUCAUUUGCAGCAGGUGCGGAAAUCGAAGAGACUAUAAAGAUAUACGUACACAGAUCCAUUCCGCCAACGAUUCCUAUUCUUUACACGGAGCAGGGUCUCACCUAGACAGCUGUGAUGCUAGUCGCCUGCUCCUCCAUCAGUCGCAACAGCCAUCUGCUGCUAACAGCAAUGAAGCUUCGUUUUACCAAAUCGAGUCCCCACCCUGCUAUACAAUUGCCACCGGGUUACCCAGCUACGAUGAGGCUCUGCAUCACCAGCCUCAUCACUUUGCCUACGGCAUGAAGUUUGUGUACCCCUGCCUGGCAGCUGUGCAUCAUCAUCAUCACCAUCAUCCACGCUCCACCUGCACACCCAUUAGGGAGAAGACCGAACUGAAGCAGCAGCAACUGAAUAAGCUGCAAAAGUGCAAACUGUCAGCAGCAGCUGCCACGGAGGAGGACAAACCCUGCAUCUCCAUAUCCGCGUCCGAAACGGCCAUGCCUGCUGUUCGCAUUAACAUUCAGGAUGAGGAGCAGUCUGAGCCGGAGCACAGGGAUCUGGCUGUGGUGGCAGCACAAAGUUUACUGCCAGCGGCUACUGCUGGCGAUGAGUGCGCCACAUUGGUUGUUGUUGUUGCCUCGUGAUUGCCCAGAUAGUAGGCAGAGGAAGAGAACCGAAUCGAGUCAACGACUCGAGUCGUGGAGGGAUCAGGAAUAGCAGCAAAAUGCUUAGUCACUUGUAAGCAGGAGGAGCAUCAGUCGUCUCAUGCUAAUGAUGUUUCCAACUUAGAGACAUAUAGCCUUAUUAAAUAAUUAUUAACCAAAAUUCAAUGUUUGCUAUCUAUACUCAUAUAGACCCUCUCACAACAUUGCCACAGUACCCCCUCAAAAGUAUUUGUUAUAUUAUUGUAUUAUGCAAGACUGAGUAUAAUUUAUUUUAUAUAUUACUGUAUAUUCUAUUGAACCUAGUUGUAUGACCAUUAAACUUGACUGUGAAGAGCGAAAAUAUAC